GUUCUCUGAUUGGCCAUGGGGCUCGGCCCUGCCUGGGUUGUCCCAAAGCCUCCCGGGUUCAGACUCCCAGUCCUAAAUCCCAGCAGCUCCUGGCCACUCCACCCACCGACACUCCGCCACGCCCAGAGUGGGCUGCCCCAGAGCCAAGCGCCCUGGCUAUCCCAUGCCCCGCUCCGGGCCCUCUGGCUCCCUCUGUCCACUCCAAUGCCAUCUGCCCAGGCCCCCUGGACAGGCAGGGCUGAGGACAGACAGGACAGCCUGGCUUGGGAUCCCUGAAGCAGAGCUCAGGGCCUGCCCCCCACUCCCUGGCUGGAGGCGGCUCCAGGCCUGGGUGUGCUGUCUCCCCAGCCACCUUCCUAGUGGUUCCCAAGGCACAGCCAGCCCCGAGGACUCAGUCACUGUCACCACUGGCAUCACCAGCCACCCAGAGGCCACUCAGAGCUGGGAGCUCAGUGGGCAGGGGCCUGAGCUGGGGUUAGAGGUGCUUUCCUGAGUCACCAAGGAGAGGCUGUUCCUGGUGGAUGAGGAAGGGGACGGAGGGUGGGGCUGGUGGCGAGCUGGGGGCUCCAGCCAGGAGAAGGAGACUCUGCUACCUCUGGCUGAGCUGCUCGGCCUACCCAGAGUUGGGGCGAAUUCCAUUAUGGAGCCCUGGGUGGAGUCUGGGGAGGGGCCCCUCGAGCCCCCGGCAGUGAUGUCCACACUGCACCUGCCAGGACGUCCCAAUGGGCCAGUGUCACAGGUGUCUCUGUGAGGAAGAGAACUGUCUGCCCUGGCCACCAGCGGAGAAGAGCUAGGCCCAGGGUUGGGCCGCUGCGUGGACCUGGGAUGACAGAGCCUGGGGUUGGCCAUGGGGCCCCGGGUGCUGGGUUCCAUGGCCAGCACUUGGCUCCUCUGGGCCCUGUUUCCACCUGUGCAGUGAUGAUUUGGCCUCAGGUCAUGGGCCCAGGCCUUGGUGAAGCCCCACUGCUUUUGGUCUCUGUGCACUGAUCUGCCUGUGGGCAGUGGUUCUGGAAGCUGGGAGCCCACCGUGCAGCCCCGGGGCAGGAACUCUGCCCACGUUGUCAACAUUGUCACCACCUGCCCUGGGCAUUGAGGAAUCUUGGCCGCCUGACUCUGAGCAUCGCCGGGGGCGGCUUAAGGUGGGGACGCCAUUUGACCUGCCUCGCCCGCAUUCCGGGAACCUGCUGGUGCUUCUGCAGUCGCAGCUGAGACACCCUUCUCUCCCCUAACCCUGCUGGCUCUACUCUGGCUGGCGAUGCCGUGGGAACAGCGACCCAGUGGCUGAACGAGAGGCCACUCCCCCACUGCCCCUCCUCUGAGGACAGGACUGACCAGGCAGCUGCCCACUUCCUGCGGUUGAGGAUAAAGGGGCUCCGAGGGGCUGGGGGAGAGAGCUGCCGAGUGCCUGCCGGGGAGAGAGCUGCUGAGUGCCCGCACGAUGCUGCUGCUGCUGUUCCUGGCCGUCUCCUCCCUGGGGAGCUGCAGCGUGGGGAGCCCAGUGCCCGUUCCCGAGAAUGACCUGGUGGGCAUCGUGGGGGGCCACAACGCCCCCCAGGGGAAGUGGCCGUGGCAGGUCAGCCUGAGGAUCUACAGCUACCACUGGGCCUCCUGGGUGCACAUCUGCGGGGGCUCCCUCAUCCACCCCCAGUGGGUGCUGACCGCCGCCCACUGCAUUUUCCAGAAGGACACCGACCCGUCCACCUACCGGAUCCACGCCGGGGACGUGUAUCUGUACGGGGGCCGGGGUCUGCUGAACGUCAGCCGGAUCAUCGUCCACCCCAACUACGUCACCGCGGGGCUGGGUGCAGACGUGGCCCUGCUUCAGCUGGCGAACCCCGUAAUCUGUGCCGCUGACAUCAGGACGGUCAAGCUCUCCCCGGUCUCGCUGGAGCUCACCCCGAGGGACAAGUGCUGGGUGACCGGCUGGGGCGCGAUCAAGAUGUUCGAGUCGCUGCCGCCGCCCUACCGCCUGCAGCAGGUGAGUGUGCAGGUGCUGGAGAACGCCGUCUGUGACCAGCGGUACCGCAAUGCCUCCGGGCAUACUGGCGACCAGCAGCUCAUCCUGGAUGACAUGCUGUGUGCCGGCAGCGAGGGCCGUGACUCCUGCUACGGCGACUCCGGCGGCCCUCUGGUCUGCAGGGUGCGAAGGUCCUGGCGCCUGGUGGGGGUAGUCAGCUGGGGCUACGGCUGUGCCCUGCGGGACUUUCCCGGCGUCUACGCCCGUGUCCAGACCUACGUGCCCUGGAUCCUGCAGCAAGUCGGUGAAUUGCCCUGAGCAGGCCGGGCUGGGCUCCCAUCUGGGUCCGCUGAGGAGGGACCGGGACCUUCUUUCUCCCAGCGAUCUCCGCUUCGGCCGCUGCUGCAGGCCACCAGCUUGAGCCCGGCUUCUCUGGCUCCUCAGCACCCAGGACUCCCUGAUGCCGGGGUGGGGAAGGUGCCGGGGAAGGGAGGGCAGGGCCUCCCUGCGUCUCUGUCUGAUUAAAGAGCUGAGAAAGGGCAGAGUGUGCGGCGUCUCUGUGGGGCGGAUUUGCGUUCCGAGCUGUAGCAGGACGGUUUGCUCAGCCACCUCCUGCUGGAGGCCUCCACAUUUCAGCUAUGGUAACAGAGAUGCUGAGAACAUUCAUGGUCCGGGCCCUGCGCAGACGUGCGUCUCCGGGCCCUGCGUGGA